CAAAAUAUCAGGUGGUUUAAAUAUGCGGAGAUCAUUAUUAUGAAAAGUUACAUAUUCAUUAUAUUUGCGUUCAUUUUAGCAGUUACAUCGAUUAGUGCCGUUAAAAACGGUGCAAAAUGUAUUUUAAGGGAUGAAGAUUCUCCAAAUACUAACUGGUGGAAGACAGCUGCAUUCUAUCAAAUCUAUCCUAGGCCUUUCAUGGACAGUGAUGGAGAUGGAAUAGGAGAUUUGCAAGGCAUUAUCCAAAAACUACCCCACCUUCAAGACGCAGGGGUUACAGCGACUUGGCUGUCUCCAAUAUUCAAGUCUCCCCAAGUGGAUCAAGGAUACGAUAUCAGCGAUUACAGAGAUAUAGACCCAGAUUAUGGUACCCUGGAUGACCUGAAGGAAUUGUUAAAAAUGGCGAAGGAGUUCGGUAUCAGAAUUAUCUUGGAUUUCGUACCUAAUCACACGAGUGACCAGCACGGGUGGUUCCAAAAAUCUGUCGCUAAAGAGGAGGGAUACGAAGAUUUUUAUGUUUGGCACGAUGGGAAGGUUGUUGAUGGUACUAGGGUACCACCAAAUAAUUGGGUAUCCAAAUUCAGAGAAUCUGCUUGGACAUUUAAUAAAAAGAGACAGCAAUAUUACUACCACCAAUACGCCAUCCAACAACCUGAUUUGAACUAUUCCAAUCCAAAAGUGGUGGAAGCCAUGAAGGACGUUAUGAGGUACUGGCUAGACUUUGGGGUAGACGGCUUCAGAGUUGAUGCUGUGCCUUAUCUCUCAGAAGAUCCAGAGUUCAAAGACGAACCUCUUAUCGAUGGAUGUAUCGUCACUUCUAGGAGGAACUGUUUGAACCACGUAUAUACCAAAGAUCUUCCACCUACUUAUGAUAUAAUAUACGAAUUCAGAAAGGUUGUAGAUGAUUUCACUGAGACUAACAAAGUUGAUACAAGAGUAAUGAUGACAGAAGCGUACACUGCAAUCGAAAAACAAAAGCUAUACUACGGCAGUGCUGAUGGAACUGUAAAGGGAGCGCACUUUACAUUUAAUUUCCAAUUCAUAUCUUCUUUAUCUAAGGGUUUUACCGUAGACGAUAUAGUUAACGUUACCAGAAAGUGGCUCAAUAAUAUCCCUGAGCAGUAUACGAGCAACUGGGUGCUAGGUAGCCACGACAAUCACAGAGUGGCCACCAGGUUAGGAAGAGAAAACGUGGACGGCUUCAAUAUGCUGACUGCCAUCCUCCCAGGAGUCAUGGUGACAUACAACGGAGAAGAAAUUGGUAUGGAAAAUGGCGAAGUCACCUGUGAAGAAGGUCACGACCCCCGGGCCAUUAAAGACUGUUCCACAUUCGCUCGAAACAGCAGAGAUUUCGAACGUACUCCUUUCCACUGGGAUGGUACCAUCCACGCUGGUUUUACAACGGGAACACCUUGGUUACCAGUGUCCGCUAAGGCCAAGGACACCAACCUGGCUGAUCAGAAUGUAAAGGGAGUUUCUAGUCACUACAAUGUGUACAAGCAGUUGAUGGAAUUCAGGAAGAACUUCCAGAAAUCUUUCACGUUGGAUACGGUCUCUACUAUAAAGUUAACUGAUAAUGUGGUGCAGGUCGAAAGAUACGUGGAUAAGGACGAAUUCAUUCUGGUAUUCAAUGUAGGAGAUUUGGAGGAAACUGUUGAUUUCCACAGAAUUAAAGACAGUUACAAGGUUUUGGUUACUAGCGUCAACAGUUUGUAUAAGCCUGGGGGUUUAAUCGAUGAACUGACUCUAAAGGCUCAUGAGAGUGUCAUUUUACAAGGAUUGUAAUAAUGAACGAAAUGAGGAGCAAUAUUAUGAAAAAAGAAGUCGGCGAAAGGAAUUUGGAUUUUCAACUAUAUGACAUUGUUUUUUAAAUAAUAAAAAAAAGUUUGUGAAGUUUUAAUACCACCACCAUCAAUAUAACUCUCAACUCA